AUGUGCAGUUUAUACUUACCAUCGAAAACGGCUAAGACAAGUCAUAAUAAAAUUUAUCGUAAACAUCGUAUAACACAAUCAUCAUUAUUACAGGUGAAAUUACAUGAAGAAUUAUUAACUGCAUCACAAGAAUUUGAAUCACAUGAUGAAAAAAAAAAAACAGAAAAUGAGCUGAAUGAAUCAAUUGAAUAUGAAUAUGGUGUUAACGUUAUUGAAGAUUAUGCUACAUGGAAAGCCAGUUAUUUUGUCGAGCAGAGUAAUGUGAACGUUGUUAUUUCUUUUUGA